UUUUGGGGUUAUUCUCCAGGAAGCAUCACCAUCACAAGGCAUAUUUUUGUGAACCAUUGUCAUCGCUACAUUUAUUGCCAUUGAUUAGAUAUCGUGUGUUGUCAUUAAUGCGUUACUGAAUGCAUAUGUAAUUUAUCUUGUAUCUGGUCUUCAGAAAAUAACAACGCGGGUGUAGGACACACGGGUGUUUGAACAAACCUAUCUAAAAUAUUGUAAUAGAUAUAGACUAGUUCUCAUCAUCAUUUGAGUCAGAAGGUACUGACUUUGACAAUGUGUAAUAUUUUUAUAUAAAUCAUGCUAAUCAAAUAAACACAACUAAGAUACUACACAUAAAGGACUUGGUAAUAUAAUAAAGUAAUCAUGGCAUUAGCAAUGCAUGGUGGUGAUUCGUCACUGUUUUCUGACAUCCGAGACCCAGGAGCCCGUGUUCGCAAGCUUUGUGAUUAUGCAUGUCAGGUCGAGGUUGACACGGCUAUCCCUCCAAAACGUUACCUUAGAUCUGGUCUAGAGAUGAUCCGAAUGGCAAAAGUCUACGACGAGGAAGGGAAUAUAGAAAGUGCAUUUGUCCUGUACACAAAGUUCAUAUCAUUGUUUGUUGAGAAGCUUCCAAAACAUCCAGAGUUCAAAAGUGCUCCAUCAACUGAUAUAGCAGCUGUUCGCCAGAAAGUGAAGUUAGCUUUCCCAGUUGCUGAGCAAAUUAAGGGAAAACUAACCAAGAAAUAUGCAGAAAUUGAACGAAAACGCCAAGCAGAAGAAAGGAAAAUUCAGGAAGAAUUGGAGAGACAACAGGACAAAAUUCGCCAGGAGGAGGAAUUAAGGCGUCGACAACAAGAGGAGGAAGAAAACUGCCUUCGUCUGGCAUCUGAAGCAAAAUGGAUGCAAGAACAGGAGCACAGGCUGCUGGAACUGAAGGAGCAGGAAAUGAUGAAAAACAUUGAUUCCCAAUCCCAAAUCCAUGGUCCUGCUGUGGCCAACAAUGCUGACAAAACUGGGCUGAACAAUCAGAACACCAAACCAAGUGCACCACAUGGAGCCCUUGGACUGGCCUUCAUUCCCAACAACCUGGAUGAUGGUCGACCUAAGAUUGAAAAGAACCUUCUGAAUGACCCUUCAAGAAUUUCUUCCAGUGUGCCAAAUAUACCAGACAGAGAGCUGAAGAAAAACCUAGUCAUAAGUGAUUCAGAUUCACGUCUUGGACCUCCUGGUGUUGACAGGACAUCUAAGCCAGCAUUUGACCACUUCACCAGUAUAGGUGUACCAGGUCAUAACAAAGGAGGUCUUAGGGAUGUCUUCAUACCGUCAGAUCUUGUCAGAAAGUUUCUUGGCAUGGCAGAACACAACACAAUGAAAAACAUAGAAACAUGUGGAAUAUUAGCAGGAAAACUAUCCAAGAAUGCGUUUUACAUAUCAGAUGUACUGAUCCCAAAGCAAGCAGGGACAUCAGACUCCUGUGUGGCUGAGGAUGAGGAAGAUAUCCUCAUGUAUCAGGACCCUCGGGACCUCAUCACCUUGGGUUGGAUACAUACUCAUCCGUCACAGACUGCCUUCUUGUCUAGCGUAGACAUGCACAACCAGUAUGGUUACCAAGCCAUGUUACCCGAGGCCAUAGCUAUUGUUUGUGCUCCAAAGUUCAAUGAGACUGGUAUAUUUACCCUGACUCAAGACACAGGUAUGCCAGAUAUUGGUAAUUGUAGAGAACGUGGAUUCCAUGACCAUCGUAAAACACCUCCUUUAUUUGAGAGUUGUAGUAACGUGAAAAUUUUAGACGAAAUGAGGGUAGAAAUGGCAGAUUUGAGAAAGUGAGUUUUAGAAAUCUUGAAACUGAUACAGCACAGUAUUGACAAGGAUCUGAGGAGUUUAGGAGGACGUCACACGGCAUGUUAGUGUGUAUUAGCUGGUCUUCUGGUGGACUUCUCCAUACAGAGCCUGGAUAUCUAAAUUAAACCCUGUGUUACAUGGAAAACUUCUAAACCAGUCCUUUGGAUCCUACUCCUCACCUCUACAAUCCAGUAGUUGUUCCUUCUAAAUAUCAUGAGGAAUCAUUUCCUUUAUUUGGUACGACAGGAAAAUAUCAACCUACAGCUGAUCUAAUGAAGGACUUCUACAUGCAGAGCCUAUAGAUACCUAUAAUCCAUCUAAAUCAAACCCUUUGUGAUGUGUCACUAUUCAAAGAUGUAAAAUCAUUGGGCAUUGCUGAAAACUGACAUUUCUGAAUGUUACCAGAAGUGCAUAUUUUACUUCAAAUCAUCUUAAAUAUCAAUUGCUUUUUAUGACAUGCCACGUUUUUGUUGAACAAUGUGUGUAGCAUGUUUUUACCUUAACGUAUGGAUGAAAUACCUGGUAAAAUGGUAUGUCCAUCUUAAAAUGAUUUUUAAAAUUUUGCAUUUGUUUAAAUGUUAGUUUGACAGACUAGACAGUAGUAAUUCUCUCGACAUGAUGGUUGUAGUGCUGUAUUUUAGAGACCAAGCAUUUGUAGUUUGUUUAUAAGUAAAGUCUUCUAUAGAGUAUAGGGACCCUGCCUGAUGUAACCUAGAUAUGAUGUCCUGGCUAAAUACAAAGAGAAUCACAAUGUUAGGUGUCAAGUGGUGCAACAUUAUUUUAUAGUUUAAGUGUACUGUUUUGUGUUUGUUGGUAAUGAAAUUACAUCGGUGUUGUUUGUAGAUACAUUUAACCAAUGUUAACCUCAACCUUGCGUUAACUUUACCCUUUGUGUGGAAGGCUAGGAUCUUCUGAGAGUCUUCCAGAAGAUUUUCAGUAACUUGGUAACAGAAUCACAUGGAAAAGGACUGCCAGUCGUGUCAUGCUCUUGAUGUAGAACCUCACUUAGAUUGCAAAAUAGCACAGUUCAUUGCACAUGUGUUAGCCUUUUUUAGUGAUGGCCGCAUGCACCUGUUGUAAAGUCAUGACAUCAAAUCCAAACAAAGCUAUUCUAGGUGUGGAUUAUCUUGGUACAAUGUCCUGACAAUAUGUUUAUCAGUAGGUUAAUAAGGAAAGUAUGUUAAUUGUUGUGCUGAACACAUUUUCCUUUAAAACCUUCAUUUAACUAGUUGGCUAUGAUUUGUUAAGACAAUGUUAUUAACUUUGAUGUAUCAUAAAUCAUGAAAUAUCUUUUUUGGGGAAAUAAUUUACACCAUUGUCCAAUGUUAAAAGUAAAGUUGUUUUUUUUCUAUUAAGUUGUACAUCUUGUACCAUAUUCUCUACAUGUUCUUAUUAAAACCAGUCACUUAUAUCCAUAAGUACAUCACAUGACAGAAUACUGACUUCCCAUUGGCUAAACACACAGAUACUAUGAGGCAGUAGUCAGGCACUUUCAUUUGGCACAAAAUUGAAUCUGGUUACUAGUGGCUUCAUUUUAUGUGUUUACAUUGUCACCAACGGAAACAUGACACAUUUACGCAUAUUGAAUGUUUAAAGUUUCACCAUGUUGCCACAUACUCGCAUUGGCAUUUUAAAGAUUUUUGGCAAUACAAACAAAAAAGUUUUCUAAUACAAUGCUAUGGAAAAGAUGAGCUUGUACCUGGCAGUAUCCACAGUGACAAGUUAACAUGGAGUGAUAUAUUGACUUGACUAUCCUUAACAUCCUUGAUAUAUAUGAUCAUUGUAGCUAUAGUCAUAUUAAGAUUCUAUAUAGAAGUAUACCUGUUUAUAGAUUUAUCUGCUGAUUGAUAUUAAGUGUAAAAAAAAACCCUUAAUCAUGAUGAGAAACCUGCUUAAUUUAGCAUGAAAUUUAUAAAUUACAACACAGUUAAUCCCGUAAAUUGUCGGGUAAUUUGUAUGCAAUUAAUGCAUUUCUUUACAGUUAAUCGCAUAAAUUGUCGGGUAAUUUGUAUUUAAUUAAGGUAUUUCUUAUUGUUGCUAAUUAUUAUGCAUUGCUUAUUCUGUGAUACAAGUGUUUAAAGUAAUAAACUGUAAAUGAAAUGUUUAACUAUUACGUCCUUGAAUUUGACACAAACUUGUACAUACUCCUGGUAAUACCAGGACAUGGGCCAAUUUCUUUCUGCAACAGAGAAGUUUAUCUGAUGUUCUUAAAAAAGUUAGAGUAAAUACCCGGUAACAGUGAAUGCCAAAUAGGGAAGAUAGAUAUCACUAGGUAAAUAUUUAAAUGUGAUUUAAUAAAUGGAAAAAGAAACUUA